AUAACAUAGGAAAAAGCUCUUUCUCUUCAUUCAUUUUCAACUUCAUCAAGACAAUGGGUUCCUUCUCGUCUAAAGUGCCUGCAGGUCGUGACCUGAGAAUUGUGUUAAUUGGAAAAACUGGAUCUGGUAAAAGUUCAAGUGGAAACACCAUUCUGGGCAAACAAGUGUUUACAUCAUUACCCCAGUCUACCUCAGUGACUGAUACAUGUAGGGUAGAAAGGGUUAAAAAAAACAGAUGGUUAAAUGUGGUGGACACCCCAGGAGUGUUAGACACAGAUGGUAAUAGGAAACCAGGGUAUAUCCACAGAGAAAUACUGAAGUGUCUUGAAGUCUCAUCCCCUGGUCCUCAUGUCUUCCUGUUGGUGAUGAAGUUGGGGACAUGGAGUGAUGAUGAUGAGAGAUCUGUUGAGCUCUUGGAGGAACUCUUUCCACAGGUCAACAAGCACAUAAUUGUGCUCUUUACUCAUGGUGAUGGACUUGGGGAAAAAACAAUACAAGACUUUGUAAGUGAUGGUCAUCCAAAUCUUAAAGACAUUAUACAUCGCUGUUCUGGCAGAUACCAUGUUUUCCACAAUAAAAGCUGGUGGAGAGAUCAAGUUGUUGAGCUGGUCAAGAAGAUUGAUGAAUUGGUGGCAGUGGAAGGGAUCUAUGACAAUCACCAUGUAGAUUAAGGAUUACAUUUACACCAACAUGAAAUGUACAUGUUUUUUCCAAUAAAUAAACAUUGUAUAUUGAACAAUGUAAAUAUGACAACAUUUAUGCUGUAUUUAUUUUCAGUUAUACUAUGUUGUCGAUCGGUUAAUCCCAAAUGUCUCUGGAAUGUCACAAUACAUGGGAAUCGUAUCUUUUACCAACAAUAAAGUAAUGAAUAACUAACAACUAUUGUUCUUUAAGCAUCAUAAGUCAUGCUAUAUAUACUUCAUUAUUACAUAUAAUGUGAACACAUUUGUUGCUGUUUGUACUAUUUGGUUGUUUAUAUUUCGUGUAUUUUCUUUUUCACAAGUAUUAUUUAAAAUCCCAUUUAGGAACCUUUUUUAAUGUAAAUGGUUUGUGAUGCUAAAUGUCAUCUGGCGGAUAAAAACUAUCCAGCUGGCAAAAUCUGUCACAUUGACAGAAAUGUUGAUUGAUGUGCAUUGUCCCUGACAAAUAAAUAAAUAAUCUAGCAUUUCUA